AUUCCACCUCUGAGAGCUUGUGCAAGGAACCCUUUAAAAUCGCUCUACAUCUCAAGCUUAUCCAACAUUUCCACGCACUGAGUUUGCACGUGCCAGAAAUUUACAUCAACAGAAGUAAACUUUUAUUUUAUUUUUUUAGACUUUGCAAAUAACUUAAAUCAUCGAGCGUUUGUGCUCACGGAAACUAAAGUAUCAUAAAAAUGGCCCUCCUGAAUAAUUUUACAGCAUGUUUGAAACAUUUUCAAGGAGACCGGCUACACAAUCAGGUAUUCUUCUUUUUACGCGCCGUACACAAGUCUGCAGCCAGCGAGUCUUAUGGAGUGUCCCCAGCCAGGGAAGGAGCGAUGCCUGAGAGGAUAAUCACAGCGGCAGAAGUCGGCGAGAAAACUCAAAUCAAGAGCCUGAAGGAGAUGCCUGGACCCAGCACCUUAUCCAACUUGAUUGAGUUCUUCUGGAGAGACGGGUUCAGCAGAAUUCAUAACAUCCAGUUGGAGCACUCAAAGAAGUUUGGCAAAAUUUUCAAAUCUCGUUUUGGACCUCAGCUGGUGGUCUCGGUGGCGGAUCGUGACCUGGUGGCCGAGGUGCUGAGGGCUGAAGGUGUGGCCCCUCAGAGAGCUAACAUGGAGUCCUGGAAGGAGUACAGAGACAUGAGGGGCCGUGCUACAGGCCUCAUCUCAGCGGAGGGAGAGGACUGGCUGAAGAUGCGGAGUGUGCUCAGACAGCUCAUCAUGCGACCCCGGGAUGUAGCAGUCUUCUCUGAUGAUGUGAACCAAGUGGUGGAUGACCUGAUCAAGAGAGUCAGUAUUCUGUGCACCCAACAGACAGAUGGAGCGACUGUCCUCAAUGUGAAUGAUCUCUUCUUCAAAUAUGCCAUGGAAGGUGUUGCAGCCAUUUUAUAUGAAUGCCGACUGGGCUGCUUGCAAGACCAGAUUCCAGAGGACACACAAGACUACAUCGGUGCUCUACACCUCAUGUUCAGCUCCUUCAAGACAACCAUGUACGCCGGCGCGAUCCCCAAAUGGCUCCGCCCCAUCAUCCCCAAACCAUGGGAGGAGUUCUGUCAGUCGUGGGACGGCCUCUUCAAAUUCAGCCUCAUUCACGUUGAUAAGCGUCUCUCGGAGAUUAAGGCCCAGCUGGAGCGGGGCGAGGAAGUGAAGGGUGGACUGCUCACACACAUGCUAGUUACCAGGGAGAUGACCAUAGAGGAGAUUUACGCCAAUGUAACGGAGAUGCUUCUGGCCGGCGUUGACACGACAUCCUUCACCCUGUCAUGGGCCAGCUAUCUGUUAGCCCGGCACCCUCAAAUACAGGAGCAAAUCUUUACAGAAGUGACGAAUACUCUGGGACAUGGAGCAAUUGCCACAGCUGAUGAUGUCUCUCGUCUUCCUCUCAUCCGGGGGCUGGUCAAAGAGACUCUCAGGCUUUUUCCAGUUCUCCCAGGAAACGGACGGAUCACACAGGAUGACUUGGUGGUGGGCGGAUACUUCAUCCCCAAAGGGACUCAGUUGGCUCUUUGUCACUACCACACAUCCAUGGAUGAAGAAAACUUCCCCGAAGCUAUAGACUUCCAUCCAGAUCGCUGGAUAAGGAAAGAUUCCACAGAUCGCGUCGACAACUUUGGUUCAAUUCCCUUCGGCUACGGCAUCAGGAGCUGCAUUGGGAGAAGAAUAGCAGAGUUAGAGAUGCAUCUCGCUCUCACAAGGCUCAUUCAAAAGUUCCACAUUGGUGUUUCUCCUCUCACUGCUGAUGUCGAGGCCAAAACCCACGGCCUGCUCUGCCCCUCUGCCCCCAUCAACCUGCAGUUCAUCGACAGGAAGAGCUAGACGCUUACUCUUAUACAUAAGGUCUACUGCAGUGAUUGAUUUUUAAGUGCUGAUGCAUUAUUAGUUUUUUUUUUUUUU